AUGUUUAAUCGUCAUACUUACAUCCGCAAAUCAUAUGAGCUGAUUUGGUAUAAAUCAAAGGAGAUGCAACGGUGUUUGACAGAUUACGGUACUGGUGGAAAAAAACUGUUUCAAUUACGGGCGCAUUGUUUUCGAUUAAAAAGUGUCGCACCUAAAUCAGGCAACUGUCGUGCUUUCUUUUCAUAUAAAUAUAUAGAAAUAUGGUUUUGGGUGAAGGGAGAUAUUAUUCAAUGGAAUUUGUCAUUUCAAUGUUUUCAAAGAGAGGCUUAA